AUCACAUACAAAAAAGAUCAGUGUUCUACGAUAAAUAGUUAUUGAGAAAAUUUGUAAUAAAUUUAAAAAUUUCAAAAAUAUAAAUCCGACCAUAACUUCAAAACUAUUACGAAUUUUGUAAUUUACUUGAGGCCAAUCGAUUUCCUGGAACAUAUGCUGAUUUAAUCUACAGGAUUGGGUUUUUGUAUAAGUAUUUUUAAGCAGUAAAAAGUUUUCGUCUUGUGUACAAUAAUAAAUCUGUCAUCUCUGCAACUCUUAAUGAUGCAAUUGUGUAUAGUGGGUCAUCUAUAUUUUUGUUUUUAAAAUUGUAAUUUUUUAAAUAUCAGAUAUAAUUUGUUGCAUAGAUUUGUAACAACACGAGAAAUAAACAUAGGCGAAGUUUUUAUUCAAGGACGACUUUGUAUUGAUUCACCUAUCUUAUUUAUCUAUCACCUGUUGUAAUAGCAGUCCACAACAAGCUCCCUAAACCCAAAACAACAAAAUAAAUGGACACCGACGACCUCGUCCCAUCAAUUCUCCCCUCAAUCCCCUCAUCCCAAAUAACUAUCAUUUACCCCAAGAAGACCGUGGACCUCGGCCAAGAAUUCGCCCCUCAAGACGUCAGAGACGAGCCCCAAGUGCAGUGGGAAGCCGACCCUGAGAAGUACUACACUUUGGUAAUGACCGACCCCGAUGCCCCCAGUCGCAGAUGUCCUUUCGUGGCAGAGGUCCUCCACUGGCUGGUUGGGAAUAUAAAAGGAUGUGAUAUGAGCACGGGCGAGGUCAUUGCCGAGUACCGAGGAGCAGGACCUCCGCGAGGUACCGGAUGGCAUCGGUACCUCUUCAUGAUCUACGAACAUGCGCAACCUGUGACCUUUGACGAGGUCAGAAUGCCCAAAGAGGGCUCCAGACGGCACAGGUUGAGAUUUUCGACGGAGAAUUUCCGGAAAAAAUACAACUUCGAGACGAUUUUUGCCUGGAUUUUUUUCAAGGCUCAGUGGAGGGCAGAUCCAGACGCCCGGACUUGCGUUUGCAUGUGAUUUUGUAUUUGUUUUAAGUGUGUAAUAAAACAUCUUGGUAUUUUUUGCUUGUCACUUUAGUGGUGUAUACGUGAUAGUUCAGCACGACAUGUUAAGAUGAUAGCAACGUUCUUGUAAUAAAAAUUCAAAGAAAUGCGAUCUCAUCUUUGCAGUAAAAUGGAAGGUUCAAGACAAAAUACGAUAAGGUUCAAUAAUUCUAUGAUUGUCAUGUUUAUUAUUAAUUGUUUAAAAAUCUCUUUAUUAUUGAAAAAUACUGUAAACAAUGUGUCAUAAAGACUGCUUUGAUUUUGAGUCAUUCCAUGUAAUAAAUAAGAAUUGAUUUUUUAUUGUGAAAAUGAGAUAAUUAAAGUGUUAUUUAGUACUUCCUGGAACAAUAUUCCGUUGGUGGUUUAUCACAUUUUUUUGGUUUGUCCCAGUUGUUAAUUUUUCAAAUAAUUCAUGUCACAACAUUGGUCUGAGUAUUUUAAAACAUGCUAGAGCAAUUUACUAAUAAAAUACACUGGUUCAAGAUGUAUAAUCUGUAUUCUGGUUAACAUAACUAAAGAUAAACAAAAAUGGAAAAAUCCGGUUCUUCCCAUAAAUAUUUUCCGAAAAUGCAAUUCCUUGAUACCCAAUUGAAUUCUAACUAGUGAUAAAGCCUUAUCAAUUAUCAGUAAUAAGACUGAAGCAUCAACACUGCAUAUCUGUAAAAAGAAAAAAAAAUGUUUGCUCUUGUCAAGUUCAUCGAAUCAAAUGCUAAAACCUAAAAAUG